UAUAAGAGCGGUCCGCUGUCGCCCUCGACCGGGAGACAAGAACAUCUAUCAUCGCCACCCAUCGUCAACCUCGUGUAGUCAGCAACACGACUCGAACAGCACAGCAACUCACUCAACCCCAACAGUAGCUAAACCCAGACGCCGGUUCAACUCGCCACCAAGAUGAAGUUCCUCGCCGCCGUCUCGCCCUUACUCCUCGGGGCCGUCUCAGUCGCGGCCGCGCCCGUCUCCAAGCCAAGCAUCCUCAACGUAGCCAAGUUCACUGCGCACACGCAGCCGAACGGCAACGGCGCCACCUUCUCCUUCGACCUCCACGUGCCCGACACGGGGCGGGGCACGUCCUGCGCGUACAGCGACGACACGUCGGUGUCGGCGCUGCCGGCGGUCACCAUGCGGCCCUGCGCCGACCCCGCCUUCGAGUGGCAGUUCCGGCAGGACCCCGGCCGCCCCGGCGCCGAGGGCCGCUACCGGCUCGUCGUCACGUACGACUACGGCAGCCCCGACCACGCUCGCGCCGCCGGCUUCAACGAGUGGGACGUCGUCGACUUCCCCCUCGAGACCGUCGGCUCCGCCUCCGAGACCUACUUCCGCGGCAACCCCGACUUCGCCAUCAACUUGUCGUGAUGAGAGGAGGAAAAGAAGGGGAGGGGGCCACACGAGAAGGUGGCGUGUAAAGAGAGAGGACUGGGGUGGCCCCACGGCCGAUAAGAGACGAGGGCGGAUCGGAGUAUAGACUAAUUUAAAAAAAAAAAUAGAUUUCUUCGCUGCCUCUCGGCGUCAUGUUCAUCCACGCCUUGCUCAAGUGGGAAAUCUUGCGU